GGCUCAAAUUUCAAAUUCCAAACGGCUACAAACUCCGAGGCCAAACUCCCCUUGGCUUCCUCUCUCUCUCUCUUCAGCCAGUAGGCGUUCCGAAGGCUACAAGCCAAGAUUUUUCUACGGAAAGAGAAGGAUCCGAGAGAUGGGCGGCUCAGGGAAGUGGAUUAAAUCAUUGAUAGGACUCAAGAAACAAGAGAAGGAAGACCAUGAGAAGUGUGGCGGCGGUUGUUGUAAGAACAAUAAGUGGAAGAAGCUGUGGAGGAGUUCCUCGGGGGACCAUCUGUCACUAAGGAGGGGAUCGAGGGGCAGCAGCCACAGGUCGGCAGCGUCGGAGGCCUCCGACAUCUCAUCGGUGACCGAUGUUUUCAGCGCCGCCGUGGCCGCGGUGGUCCGGGCUCCUCCUAAGGAUUUCAUGCUGGUGAGGCAGGAGUGGGCUGCCAUUCGGAUACAGACCGCCUUCCGGGGUUUCCUGGCCAGGAGAGCACUGAGGGCUUUGAAAGGACUGGUGAGGCUUCAGGCGAUAGUCCGUGGCCGCCAGGUGAGGAAGCAGGCCGCGGUGACUCUACGGUGCAUGCAAGCCCUCGUUCGAGUCCAGGCGCGUGUCCGCGCGCGGCGUGUUCGCAUGUCCACCGAAGGACAAGCUGUGCAAAAGACGCUAGAAGCCUAUAGAAACAAAAUGGAUCCCUUAAAAGAAGCAGAGGAAGGAUGGUGUGACAGUCAGUGCACGCUGGAGGAAGUAAGAGCAAAGUUACAAAUGAGGCAGGAAGGAGCUAUUAAGCGAGAGAGAGCCAUUGCUUAUGCUAUUUCUCAACAGAAAACUAGACCAACAUUGAAUGGAGGAUCAGCACAAACUGUGCUGAAUCUUAAACAUCAUGAUUUUGAUAAGAAGAAUGGAAGUUGGAGCUGGUUAGAACGAUGGAUGGCUGCAAAACCUUGGGAAAAUAGAUUGAUGGAGCAACCAGCCCGGACCGAUCAUUCUGAGGUCCAGUCCUCUAAAACCUGUGAAGGUUCUUAUUGUAUUGGUUCCAAGUAUUCUGAACCUGGUUUGGUGCAAAUUAAAAAGAACCAUGUCACUACCCGGGUUUCAGCAAAACCUCCACAUGUGCUUGACAACCAUCGCUGCAGGGCUCGUUCUACUUCAUCUCCAAGCACUGAAUUACAUUAUGACCAGAGUUCUCCUUCAUCAUCUUCUAUCUGUGCAUCAACACCAAUAUCGGGCACGACCAUUCUAACUUCAGAAAGGACUGAUGAUAGUAAUAGAAGUAAGCCAAAUUACAUGAACCUAACUGAAUCUACCAAGGCAAAACAGAGAGCUUGCAACAUUCAUAGACCAACAAUUCAGAGACUGUCAUCACGGGAGGUUCCCUUUCACAGUAGAAAUGCUUUAUCUAAUAUUGACUCAAAGAGCAGUGUGUCUUCACAUACUUCAGUUUUUUCCUCCAAACUGCUGAAUGCGAUGCCCCAGGGGAAUGAAAAGGCGAUUGGGCACAUGGAGAAGGAGAACUAAUUUGAUGAGCAACCAGCUUCUGAGUUCUAGUGUGUACUAUGACAUAUUAGCUUGUUCUAGCGUUCAGUGUGCAUGAGUUCUUUAUAUGUGCUUUUUGUUGUUCAACAUCUUGUUGUCAUGUGUGAGUAGGUGCAAGUUCCUAUUAAAGAGACUGCACUGCUUUCUACUGGUAGGUUCUUUGUAACAUAGAAGUUUUUCGAAUGGAAGAAUCU